AUGUCUCAUCUCCCGCCUCAGCCAGCAGUAUCAGCUAACUCGAGUCAACAAUUCGACUCAAUCCUCACUGCCACCCUUCUCAUCGACUACUUCCAACCAACCUUCGACUUCCCGACUUCCUCAUCUUCCUCCCGGCCGGACGAGCAGACCAGUUCGGCUGCAUCCUCUCCUCCAAUACAGACGUCUACUAGCGAGCCUCCUGCUCAGUCCAGCUCCUCUAGUCCUCCAAGCUCAGUCAUCAACACUUCCUCCGCGCCCGUUUCGUCGCCAUCGCCUUCAUCCCAACCCGCCCAAAAUACUUUCUCUAGCCAGCUGCCAGCUCCUUCCUCUCAAGCCUCAUCUCAGAUUGUGGUUGUGACUAGUAAUGUUUACCAGACAAGCGCCGAUCCUAAUGGUGGAAUUCAUACUUUGACCUCAUACGUCGAGGUUACAGUUGACAGACCAGCGACCACGGUUUCGGCUCCCGGAAGUACGUCAAUUGCCCGACUCCACAACGGAGACGAUCAUCAGCCAGGCUUUUUUGACAACCGUGGCGCCGUGAUCGGGACGUUCUUGACGGUCGGCCUGAUUGUGCUCGGCGGAUCGGCGGCUAUCAUCUGGCGACUGGCUCGACUAAGACGCGCCCGGCUGAGGGCCAGGGAGAACGAGGAUGCCGAGCUGAAUUUCAACAAGUUCGUCGGGAAUGAUGACGAUGGACGAGUGGCUAUGCUACCACUCGACACUGAACACGACGACUUUCAGAAUAUCCCGCUCGACCGCGAACCUCAACUCCCGCAGAUCAGUGAACCUCUGCAGCAGCUUGAACCGCAGUUCUCCAACCAGCAAGUCAGAGAUCCAAUGUUUGGUUAUCACGACAAUCCCAGUCACUCUCACAUGCAAGAAGUCUAUCCAGUCCGGUUAAGCAACCGCACCAAUCUCACCGGUCGGUCGUCCGACUUGGAUACGAUGAACUCCGAGGAGUGGGGUCGUUACAUCAAUACUCACUUUUCAACUGGAGGCGGCCGAGCUUUUGGCGAUGGACUGAUCAAGCCGGAGCUCGUGAGGGUUGACGAAGAGGGGGCUGUGAGAGCAGGACCACCGAUCGUCAUUUCGAGUGCAGAGCCUGGCCCACAAGAAGUAACAGGUUUUUCGUCGUUCCACCCUCCACCCGGUCCCCAGCCAGAAAUCCAGACGGUUGAGCAAGAGACCUUCACAAUGGUCAGCCCGCCCCAAUUUGCAUUGGAUGACCAGAUCCCCACAGCCGAUCAGCGUCUAGAGCCCACCGUCCUGCCCGGCUACAGUCGGCCUCGAUCUGAUGAACAGCGCGAUGAACUAUCAAGCUUAAGAGACGAGGAAGACUACAGUCGACGAAUCCUCAGAGUCAGCAAUCCCGAUCGUCAAGACCAGGACGACCAGCCUAGCACACCACAGACAUAG